CGAUCAGUCUAUGUAUAAGACGUGAAGCAGACAAGAGAUAAAGAUGCCAAAAACUUGCUGUAUAGUUGGCUGUUCUUCGAGAAAACACAAAGGAAGUGAAAUCAAGUUUUUUGUAAUACCUAAUGAGAAAUUCAGAAGGGAAAAAUGGCUGUCAGCAAUAAACAGGGCAAGGAUAAAUAGCGACGGCAGUGUUGACAGAUCAAAACUAUGGUCGCCGCGAGGAAGUUCCUCUUAUGUCUGCUCUUUGCACUUUCUAACAGGUCUCAGAGUCAAUGAUCCUACACACCCUGAUUACGUGCCAAAUGUAUUUCCCACCACAAGUGCUCGGGUGAUCCAAAAUGCAGAGAUGAAAGUGGAUCGAUAUGAAAGGAUUGUAAAUCGCUCACAAACCAAUGUUCAUGAUCCUCCAGCAAAGAAGAGAUUGAUGAUGCGUGAUCCCACAAACUGUACCAUCAUGCCUGAAACUGCAGACUCCCCCAGCCUAGUAGAAUCCUCAGAUGAUGUUACUGGCCACCCUAACUGUGUAGAAGAUCUGUCAACCUGUGAAAAUCUUGCCAACUGUAGAGAUGAAACUAGGUCAAAGGCACCAGAAACACCAGAAGAAGCCAGAGGUUUUUCAAAGUCACUUGAAGAAUCUGAAAGAGAGAUGUUUCUCCUAGAAAUCUCUAAUCUUCGAGAGGAAAGAGACAAUGCGCUUGCAAAGGUGGCAGUUCUGGAAAGUAUGAUGAAUGGUUCUUCAACUUUGUCAUCUGUGUCUGUGGAAGGGAACGAUGAGGCUUGCAAAAUGUUGACGGGAUUGUCGUGGAAUUAUUUUUUGAAGUUGUUUUUGUUCCUGAGCCAUUGUUUUCCAAGUGAAGGUGUAAAGUGUAGUAUUCCUUUGAGGGAACAACUAUUUUUAACACUUGUCAAGUUAAAGCACAAUGUUUCUUUUGACUUUCUGUCACAUCUCAGGGGUUUGCCCAAGUCCACGAUGAUAGAUAACUUUUGGAAGUGGAUUGAUCUGAUGCAUCAGAAGUUGGAUUUUUUAGUUCAGCCACAGGACAGGGAAUCUGUAUUGGCUACAAUUCCCCCUGUUUUUAAGUCAAAAUUCCCUAGAUUGACUUCGAUUAUUGAUUGCUUUGAGAUCUUUAUUGAUGCCCCCAGGAAUUUAUUAGCUCGGGCACAGUGUUACAGCCAGUACAAAAAACAUUGUACCAUCAAAUUUUUUAUAUCAUGUACACCUUUAGGGGCAAUUAAUUUUAUUUCAAGAGCGUGGGGUGGGAGGGCAACAGAUAAAAAAAUAGUAAGGGACUCUGGGUUUAUAAGUUCGGACAUACAUUUGCCUGGUGACCAGAUUUUAGCGGAUAGGGGGUUCACACUUAAAGAUGACUUUGCGUCAAGGUGUGGUGCUGAACUACUUACUCCUGCAUUUACGAAAGGGAAAGGAGGACAAUUGCCAGCUAAGGAAUUGGAAAUUUCACGAAAAAUAGCAUCUGUGAGAAUCCACAUAGAGCGCGUUAUUGGUCUAUUAAAAAACAGAUAUUGCAUUUUGAAGGGCCCUUUGCCCCUCCGUUUUCUUCAAAGUAUAAGGGAUGAGAACAUGGACAUGAAUUUAGCCAACUGUGAUAAAAUUAUACAAGUGUGCUGUUGUUUGUUGAACAUGGGUGACGGAAUUGUGUAUAAAGAAGGGUCAAAAGAAGAGUGAAGCGUAUAGGACAUAAGUGAAGUAGCUAGGGGUUUACAGAAUUGGGUCAUUUUUUAUAUUAUGUAUAAAUUAAAUGAAUCGUGUAUCUUUAGAACAGUGGUGCUCAACUGUGGUCUAGUAAGAGUAGUUUGCUUUGCUGCCCUUUAUCUAUGUGCUAAUGUAGCAUCAAUU